UCACAUAUUUCAUUUCCAUUUUUACUUUUUACGUUCUGGUACAUCCAUUUUUUACACUCUCGACAAAAGUGCAAAAAAUAUAUUCAAAAAGGAUAGAUAGAUCCCUCGUACACACAACAACACAGAAAGACAAGCCAAAAGGAUAUCGUAAACAGAAAGGCAUCCAAACGGAACUGCUCUCUCUAUAUAAAUAUAUGUAUAUCGCGUAUACUAUCCGUUCGUCGAGUGUUGUACGUGUGUGUUAAUAUCUGAAAUCGAGCAAAACUUGCAUUAUCCUUUUCUCUACUUUCUUCGGUUUUUGUUUUUGAGUGGCAAAAUUUAAAGCAAUCGGCCCAUUGAGCAAAAGAUAUUGCAGAACCAGACCAGACCAGACCAGACCAGACCAGACCAGACCAGACCAGGAUCAAUCACGGUGUCCGUGCUGUGACCGGCUGAACGUGUGGCACACAAAAUGUUGCAUCAAGCUAAGUUCAACACCCUGGGAAGGGUCCUUCGCUUGACGCUGCGUUCUCUGCCUAAAGGCUCAGAGUGCGUCCAGUCGUGUGCUGGAUCGCGUUCGUUUGGUGACGUUGCCAAGAAGCCGCUGAAGAUGCCCCAAACGAUGGUUAUGGCUAUGCCAAUGUCAAUGCCGCAAUCGAGCAGUUUGGCCAAUACAUUGCCAAUGACCUCCUCUUUGGUGGUCAAGUGCAAGCACUCGAUUUCGAUGUUACCCGAUUAUACGAAUCAGCAAAAACAAAAACAAAAACCAUUUGCCAUCCAUGGAAGAAACAAUGGAGUGAACCAGCAACAUUUUCAUCAAAAUCAUAAUCAACCCGAUAAUCGUGCUGGCAUGUCAACGAAAGCGGACCAACUGGAGGAGAAGUCUCAGCAACCAGAAGUAUCGCAGCCAGUACCUAACCGUGGACCGAUACCACGUCCUAUGCACAAUCCAUUGAGUCGCCGUCAUACAGUGGAUCGUGCACGUCUCCAGUAUAUCAAUGAUAUGUUCAAGGAACUGGCCAAUGAGGUUGAAACCCGUAAACCCAGGACCAAGAAAUUCGUCUCCCGACAAUCAUUGCAUUCGGGACGCAUUGAUAAAAUUGACUAAUGACAAGCAGAUAGUCACACUCCCCUAUAUUAUUAUCUAUGUUAUGUAUAAACAAAGUGUUAUUUAGUUUCUGUCAACCAAAUCUCAAAGGCGGAUGGAACCUUCAUUAUUUACCGUUCUACUAUUUAUUUUUCCCUUUUUUGGACUUGGAUGGAUGAAUAUAGUUUGAAAGAAGAUCUUUUACGAACAAUUCGACUUAAAUUAUAUAUAAAUAAAUUGUGCCGCACCAAAA